CAAUUGCCUCUUCCUUAAGCAAAAACAUCUUCCCCCUCCCAAAACUAUACAUACACUCAAUCUGUAUUCACACAUCGCUUUCAUCAAUUAAAAUCUAUGUCAGAGAAGCCCCUACGUGGAAGAAUUCCGGUCAAUCGGAGAAUCAAACCACCUCAUCCGUCAUCUUCCACUCACAGACUUCACCGGAAAGUAGUAGUAAUUCGUAGAUCGUCGAAGAAGCAUUCGAAAUUCAUCAAGAGAUGGAACUCCGAGCCUACUUUGUUGACCACCGGUAUCUCCAUCGCUGGUGCUGAUGUCACGGAGGAGCACCGGUAUAUGACUCCGCCAGGAGACAGUUGCGCGAUGUUUCUAAAUAGGAUCUCUACGGAUGUAUUCUCUUCGUCGCCUGAGUUGUUGCCUGAUUCGCCUGAAAAAAGAGAGCGAUAUAACAGAGAUGCAAAAGUUGUGGUUAAGGUAACGGUGGAGGGAAGCCCUGGACCUAUUCGGGCUUUGGUGAAGUUAGGUUCGAGUGUUGACGAGACAAUAAGGCUUGUUACGAACAAAUAUAAUUCAGAAGGAAGGAGUCCUCAACUUGACCAAGAUGCCAUCACUUCUUUUGAGUUGCACAACUCGAACUUCAGUCUUCAAUGUUUGGAUAAAUCAAACAUGAUUGGAGAGAUUGGAUGCAGAAGCUUCUAUAUGCGUAAGAGUGCCAACGACAUGAGAGAUUCAUGUUCAAACACCUUUAUUGAUUCAGAGAUUAUUGCGUGUAAGGCAAACAAUUCUCCAUCUCCAAGUUCAAAUAUCUCCUUCCCAAGUUUUAUAUUUCAGGGAUUAAAAAAAAUAAUAAGGACAAGUAAGAUAUGGAGGUUACUCGGUUGUUUUGAUGGGUGAUUUUUAAAUUUUUAUCUUAAAAAUCAUAUA